ACGUAACAAAGAAGUAGGAAUGGGAUAAGAGUGUAAGAAGAAGAGGAAAACUGAAAGAGGAAGAAGAGAAGAGAAAGGUUUUGGAAAUUCAAUGGCGGAGUUGUUAGCAACAUUAGGGGAUCUGGAGAGGGACUCAUUCGUGCCUCUUCUCUCCAAGCUGAUUGGGGAAUCAAAGCACGUGCAGAACAACCCACCGGAGCUCGUUCCCGAGGAGGACAGAGUGGUGAAACACGUGUUGGACGUUCUAUUACCCUUCAGCACCACCACCGGCGGCGGUCCCUUGCUCCUUAACCACGUCACCUACACUCCCGGACGGGGGAACCUCAUCGUCGAGUACCCCGGCACCGUUCCCGGUAAAAUCCUCUCCUUCGUCGGUUGCCACAUGGACGUCGUCACCGCCAAUCCCAACGAUUGGGAUUUUGAUCCGUUUUCACUGAGCAUUGAUGGGGAUAAGCUUCGGGGUCGUGGAACUACUGAUUGUCUGGGCCACGUGGCACUUGUCGCGGAACUCAUGAAAAAGCUCGGGCAAACCAAGCCGAAUUUGAAAUCAUCUGUUGUUGCUGUUUUUAUAGCCAACGAAGAGAAUUCUUCAAUUACUGGUAUUGGUGUGGAUGCGCUUGUCAAAGAUGGUCUCCUCAAUAAGCUGAAGAAUGGCCCUCUGUACUGGAUUGACACGGCAGAUAAACAACCAUGCGUAGGGACUGGUGGUAUGAUACCUUGGAAACUUCAGGUCACGGGGAAGCUCUUUCACAGUGGAUUAGCUCAUAAAGCUAUUAAUGCAUUGGAGCUAGGCAUGGAUGCUCUAAAGGAAAUCCAGUCCCGAUUUUACCGAGACUUCCCACCUCAUCCUCAGGAACAGGUCUACGGGUUUGCAACUCCAUCAACCAUGAAACCAACCCAAUGGAGCUAUCCAGGAGGUGGAAUCAACCAAAUUCCAGGGGAAUGUACUAUUUCAGGAGAUGUGAGGUUGACUCCAUUCUACAAUGUAAAGGAUGUAAUGAAGAAGCUGCAAGAAUACGUGGACGAUAUUAAUAAGAAUAUUCAGAAGCUAGAAAGUAGAGGUCCAGUUUCAAAAUAUGUCCUACCCGAUGAAAACAUAAGAGGAAGCCUAACUUUAACUUUUAACGAGGCACUGUCUGGAGUUGCUUGUGAUCUUAAUUCUAAAGGUUUCCAUGUUUUAUGCAAAGCAACUGAAGAAGUGGUUGGGUACGUAAAGCCUUACUCGAUUACUGGGAGUUUGCCUCUCAUUCGGGAACUACAGGAAGAAGGUUUUGAUGUCCAAACAUCUGGCUACGGCCUAAUGGCUACAUACCAUGCUGCGAACGAGUACUGCCUUUUCACGGAUAUGUCCCAAGGAUAUCGGGUCUUUGCGAGAAUCAUCUCUCAGCUGGAAGAUUGAGAAAAAUAAUACUGCUGCUCCAUGGGCUGUCAAGAGGUUACUCACUUCUUCAUUCAUCCCCAUACACUUCUCCGGCCAAAGUACCUUUUUUAAACAAAUGGCAGCAAAUACCAACAAGGUUGUACACAAAUGCUUUGUCUUGCCUAGUGUUUUCUUUAAACAUCAAAUACAUGCAAGUAAAUUACUUUUUUAUUUUA